CACUGGUGGCAGUGUUUUGCAUGGGAGAGUUUUGCUGUACUCUACACAUGUGACAAUGGUGACCAUAUCAACCCAUACACAGCCACUGGGACAAAUGGGCACCACAUCCAGGGUUGGUUUCUAUCUUGCCUCCAAAUGUUGACGUGAUGGUGGUCUUGCAGUCUUGUUUUUGCUGUGAAACUGAAAGGACAAAUGUAAUGGACGCCCCUCUGUAUUAAAGAGGUGGUGGAAGGAUCUUCCCAAAAGUGAAGCCUCACAGAGGCCCGGCCUCCUCUGCAAGUGUCAGGACUUGCUCCUGUUGAGAAAUCUCUGCGCAAGUGAGAACAGCUCCCCGGUCUGCUCCACCUCACGCUGAUUUAAUGGCCUAGGAGGAGCUGCUGUCACAGCCUGGUGCUUUUAAACUGGGAAGAAGGCAGCGGCAGAAGAGUUUGGCGCUAGGAGUUUGACGUAUGAUGCCAGCUAUUGAACAUGGGGCCCUCUCGCUGUGAACCGAAGUCCCGUGAGGGACCACUUUAAGGGAGAAAGGGAGAAAGCAAAUGCGACCCUCAUACCAGCUCCCCAUGACCAAGGAAGAUCUUGGGCUUUGAGCAUUUGUUGCCGGCCAUGAGGAUGGAUGAGACGAGACGAUAUGUCUGAUGCGUCUGCUAUCCGUUGCUUGCUUUUGACAAAAGGGAGACUGGGAAAUGUUGUCAUGAUUCUGAGUCAAGUUUGGACUCGCACAACGAAUGACCGAGGCCUCCCUGAAGAGAAGGAUCCUGUGUGCGAACACCCAGAGUGCACUGAGAGGCCGAGAGCAGUGAAGGUGUGCCACCACCCGGAUUGCCAGAAACUCCAAAACCAGCAGCCCUUGAACCUUUGCCUGUCAUGUGACUUGCGUCUCCAUCAGCCCCUGGAGGAUACCAUGCAUUUUGACAGGCAUCUCCGCUUUGACCUGCAGCCACAAGGUUCUGUCUUGGCCAGGAAUGUGUCCACCCGGUCCUGUCCUCCACGCACUUGCCCUGCCCCUGACCUUGAGGAAGAAGACGAUCCAGAGAGAGGAGACCGGAAGAACUCCAGCUUGAAGUUGCCCAAGAAGAAGCCUCGGCGAAGGAAUACUGAUGAUCCCAGUAAGGAAUGCUUUACACUGAAGUUCGAUUUGAAUGUUGAUAUCGAGAGCGAGAUCGUCCCCGCGGUGAAGAGGAAGACGCUUGGGGAGGUGCUGGCGCCUGUAUUUGAGCGAAAGGGCAUCGAGUUAAGCAAGGUGGACCUCUUUUUGGACCAGUCAAAUACCCCUUUGUCCCAUCAUUCUGAAGCCUACAGAAUUGGCGGUCACUGUCUCAAGGUCAAAGCUAAACCUGGAGACGAGAUGAAGGUGGAACAAGCCAUCAAGGACUUCCGUUCUCUCAGCCUACCCGUCAUGAGGAAUGCCGGCCGCCUGUCCCAGUUCGUGGCCACUCCCUCUGCGGACAAGACUGAGGAGGUGCUGGGAGCCCAGGAUUCCAUCGACGUACUGGCGCAGUCACGAAGGAGGAAGAACAUGAUGCAAUUCCUGGGCGACGCAAAUAUCCCAACUUCGGACUCCGUUAUGCAGCUCAGUGCCUCGCUGCCCACUUCUGGGAUUAGUCCUGACACCCGCAAGAACCGAGUUGCUAGCCGAAUCAGUGGCUUCUUCACUAUUUCCAUGAAUGCUGGCUCUACCAGCAAGGAGCUGGAGCAGCUGCAGAGCAAGCUUCACUCCUACAGUGUAUAUGGGCUGCCCAAGAUGCCCACCCAAAAACCCUCCGAUCAGGACUCGUGGGAGGAUGACCACACCAGCCUGUAUCUUGAAGAUUCAUGGCAGCGUCUCCUGGCGGCACCCGAGCUUCUCAGCCAGAAGGAAAGUCACCAACAGGAGGCCAUCUGGGAACUUCUUGACACCGAAGCGUCCUACAUCAGGCGGCUGGAGGUCAUCUCUGAUCUCUUCCUAGGCAGCCUGUUAAAUCUGCAGGAGUCGGGUCUCCUGUGUGAAGUGGAGCCAGACCGCCUGUUCAGCAACAUCCAGGAGAUCAUCCACCUGCACAAGAAGCUGUGGGCAGAGGUGAUGGUCCCUGCUCUGGAGCGGGCUCGUCAGCAGAGGACACCGCUAGACAUCACUGACCUACAGGCGGGCUUUAACACGUUUGCUUCACGCUUCCAGCCAUACAUUCGCUACUGCCUGGAGGAGGAGAGCUGUUUGGAGUACAUACGUAGCCUGCUGCAGGAAAAUGAACUCUUCAGGGUCUACGCCACGUGGGCUGAGACUCACAAGCAGUGUGACCGGCUAAAGUUGACAGACAUGCUGGUGAAGCCACAUCAGCGCCUCACCAAGUACCCACUGCUGCUCAAAAGUGUCCUCAAGAAGACUGGGGAUCCUGCCACCCAGGAUGCCAUCCUCUCGAUGGUGGACUCCGUGGAGAUGUUUAUCAACCAGGUGAACCUGAGAAUGCGCCAGCGUCAGGAGCAGCAGCGGCUGGAUGCGGUUACUAGCAGGAUUGACUCCCACGUGGUGGUUGAAGGAAGCAGCGAGGAAGUGGAUAAGAUCCUUCGUGAUUUCUGCCAUCUUGACCUCGGGGCCCCAAUGCUUCACACCUCCCCAGAUGAAACUCGGCAGUUGCUAUUGGAAGGCCCGCUACGCAUGAGAGAAGGCAAAGAUAGUAAGAUGGAUGUUUACUGUUUACUCUUCACUGAUCUUCUCCUCAUCACCAAACCAGCAAAACGAACGGAGAAAGCCAAAGUGGUGCGACAGCCCCUCCUGGUAGAGAGGAUAGUGUGUCGGGAGCUACGAGACCCUGGCUGCUUCCUCCUCGUGUACCUCAAUGAAUUUCACACGGCGGUGGCUGCCUUCUCCUUCCAGGCCAGCAGCCAGGCACAGUGCCACAGUUGGGUCGUGGCACUGCUCAACACGCAGAACCUUCUGAAAAAACUGCGGAAUCAGGAAGCUGAGCGUCAAGGGGUCACAGAGGCAGUGGAUAAUGAAAGGCCAGCAUGUCAACACAGCCAACUGGACAAUUCUGUUAUGCUUACGGAAAACCCCAGUGAGGAAUCUUCUCAAAGUUCACAGGGCGACAGCGGGGAUCCACCAAGCUUAUCUUCAAAUAGGGAGGUGACCUCUCUGGACAGCUUCUCGGCCUCCAUGACACCCACUCCAGAGCUCCCAGCAGAAUCUCUCUGUAUGCUGGACAAUCUCUCUGAAUCCGUGGACAGUGCCUAUGGAACCCUCUCUCCAGAGUCCCUGCUAAGAAGGCAGGAGCCAUUAGAGAUGGAGGAGAGUGAAACGGACCCUGGUGAGGAACAGCAAAGCUCUCCUCAUUAUCGCGGUAGUCCACCGAUGAACCGUUCUCUGGCCCGGUGCCUGGCUAGACCAGUCAAGUGCAGAUCAGAAGUGGACAUUUCUGGGGCAUCCAAGUGCAGACUGCAAGAAAUGGGGGUGCCUACAAAGGCAGGACUUGCCCAGAGCAGAAGCCUGAGCCUCCUGUGUGACCACAGCACUGGCUCGGGUGUAAAGACUGAAGUGGACGGUGGCCAGAGAGACCCAUCCACCUUUAGGAGGACUAGCUUGACAACGGACGUAUUAAGGUGGACUCAUGAAGCUGGCAGCAGCUGCGACUCCAGACCUUCGGAAGGGACCAGCAGCGAUGAAGUCCCGCAGGCACACAGCCAAUGUGCAGAGCUGGCCGAGGCUAACAGUGCCACCGCUAACCAACCUGGGGUGGGCUCACCAGCCCCACAGCACAAGAAGCUGACAGUGGCACAGCUUUACAGGAUUAGGGGCACGCUGGUCAUGAACUCCACCCUCACCGCCUCUGAGGUGUAGUCAGUGAUGUGCACCCCCAGAAGAGCAUCAGCACUUAUGGAUGGACUCGUCUCAAGACAAGUCAGCCGUGCACUGUGGGAUAGCCAUCCGCGUCCGCCCCUCCUCUUCCAAGGGUGUGGGGCAGCACAUGUUUCUAACAUUAUUAAUAUUUUGAUUACCUUUUUUGCACUGUGUAAUAUAGAAGGAUCACAAUGCUAACGUACCCCGGAGCAGCACCUGCACUGACUGAGCAUUUGAAUCUUGGGCUUGAGUGGUAGCUCCGCCCACUGAUUGGCCAGUGGUUAAAAAGCUGCCCUCCUUCAUUUGUCUUUGUAAAGUGGUGUCACAUGGUUUCCUACUCCGUCGGAGGGCCCACCUCUCACCUGAACUCCAACAGGACCUGUAACACUGUCUCAUAUUUAUUUGUAGGAGGUGUGAUGGCACCUGCAUGUUGCUCCCGAGUAAAGCACUUGCAUUUA